AAAAGGAGGCGGGGUUUUGGCUGUUGCUCUGGCAGUGGCGGUUGUUUCAGUAUGGCGGCUGUUACUGAGGGCAGAAACGGCGCCGGGAUUUACUGGAUUAAUGACACUUCAGAUGAAGAUCAGUCUGUGGUGUUUGUUCCAGGAGUGAGCAAAAAGAUGGGUCUGAAGUCUGUAACUGUUAGCACUAAUGAAGGAAAGAUCAAAGGGCGAGCUGUGCUAGAUGGUGAAAGAAAGAGUGGGACGAAGUUACACCUGCCAGUGUCUCGUCCCCCUGCAGAUAAAACUGUGCCUACGGACCUAUUACAGAAAUCUACUGCCUUUUCUGCCAAACCCAAAACCCCUGCCAUACUAACAGAACUGCCUGGGCCUCAGGCACCGUCUUACACAUCUCAAGCCAAAAGCAAGGCUUCCCUUAAGGACCUCUGCCCAGAGGACAAGCGGCGCAUUGCUAACUUGAUUGAGGAACUGGCCAGAGUGAGUGAGGAGAAAGAGGAGUCUGUGCAGAGACUCCGAGAUGAACAAGAGACGUUUGAGAAGAAGAUCCAACAGCUAGAGCAGCAGAACCGACUCAUUGGACAGGAAAGAGAAAGCUUGCAGCAGCAGUACAGGGAGUGCCAGGAGCUGCUGGGACUUUAUCAGCAGUACCUCUCCCAGCAGCAGGAGAAACUCAACAAGUCCAUUGCCCAGCUCAAUCAGUCUCGCUCUCAAAGCAAGAUGGGCAGCGGUGAGAAAGCUCUCAGCAGGCCGAGGAGUGGGGGAGGGAUGGGGGCUGCUCUGGAUGGCUCUUACUUGGAUCUUCCAUCUUCUGGAAGUAAGGCUGGGAGAGGAGGGUCAGCGGGUCGUGUGCACGCGUUUUCAGGAGGGUUCUGUAGCGACCCGCCAUCCGUGCCCUCGUCUCGCUGUGAGCGAGAUUGCAGUGUCCGCGAUGGAGGCACAGUAGGUGCCUCCAAGUGUCCAGAAGUUGCAUGGAGUGAGUCUGGACCUGAUAGGCUCUCAAAAAGGGAGCAGUUGGUAAACACUGCUGUGGGAUCACGCUGUGCUACAGAGCCUAGAGGCUCGUGCCAUGGUUUGAGAGUGGAGAAUAGAAACAGGGCCAGUGUGGAGCUCAGCGGGACAGUCACCCCUCUUGGCAGGGAGGACUGGACGGAGAAGCGCCAGCGCUUGCUGCAUCAGAAGAAGCAGCUGGAGCUGGAAAGAGAGAGACUGCAGGCUCAGCUUGCUCAACAAGAGGAGAGAUUGCUAAAACAGAACCAGGAGCUCCGCCAGUCCCGUCUCAACUACAGCAAGUUCCAACAAGCAGCUGCAACAGAAUUAGAGCAGUCUUUUAAUGGAAUACGGUUAAAUCCAGACCCUCAAUCUAAUUCCCCUGUAGAUCCACACAGUGAAAGAAACGAGGGAGGUCUACAAGCCUUGCAGGGAAGUGUCAGACAGCCUUUAAAUGAUGCUCAUCCGCAGAAGUGCAAUGGGAAUAUUCAACCUCCUGUGCCAGUACCAUCACGUGAACUUCCUGCAGGUACCAAGAAGGAUAUGGCCACUUCACCUGUGCAUUCCCAGAGUUUCCAAAAGCCUGAGUCACCCCUGGCAUUGCCCCUCAACAUCCCUAAAACUCCUCAGGCCUCCAGACUGGACUCCUCUUUGAUUGAGCUGCUGGACAUUUUCAGCCCGGUUGCCAACCCCAAGAGGAGCAGAGUCAGCCCUGAUGUCCAUGGGAAUUUCACCGGCCCUCGGAAGCCUCUGGGGGCUGUCGGCCCCCCUCACAGCUCCCUGCUUUCCCCUCCAGGCCGAACGCAGCCGACGCGGCAGGACUUGGAGGAGAGUCAGAUUCUGGAAGACAUUUUCUUCAUAUGCUGAAAGAGGAACCCAGUGACUCACCGCCACUUUGACGAGAGCUCAGUAAGGCUGUUAAUUCUGUACAUGCAGCUUAGUCCUUGCUUUACAGCUCGCCACAGGGCACGAAUACGCCUCAGUGCUUUCUAAUCAUUCCUGUGCUUCUAAUGCCUCUUUCUAUCGGUGCUCUUAAAUUGGUUUUUAUGAUGCCUUUGUAAGUGUCUUAAUUUUCAAGCUUAUGCCAAAGUAAUCACGGCUUUUGUGAGUUUACUACUUGUUUUGUAGGGUUUACAUGUUUUUUUUUAAAUGUAAUAAACAUGUAUUUAUUAA